AUGGCCUUUGGGCAUCACGACGUUGAGAAUGGCGACGCUGCCACCACUCGCACCCGCAGCCGUCAGAAUUCUCAAGUGAACUACGACCAGCUCGAUGAAUACGCUGCUCUGCAGAAAUACAUUACGACCUACCGUGAUCCCAAGGCGGCGGCCGCUGCGGAGGAGGGUGGCGAUGCCGCCGCGAAGAAGAAGCCCUUCUGGGCUUUCUGGAGAAAGGAUGACGGCUUUGGCGGUUCGGACUCGGGCUUCGUCCCUAAUGAGUGGCUCGAGGCCGAUAUCCGCCAGGGUAUCCACUCUUCGGAUGUCGAAUCGCGUCGGAAGCGUUUCGGAUGGAAUGAAAUCUCCUCUGACAAGGAGAACAUGUUUUUGAAGUUUCUCGGUUUCUUCACUGGUCCCAUUCUCUAUGUCAUGGAAAUCGCUGUCUUGUUGGCCGCUGGUCUGCGAGACUGGAUUGACUUGGGUGUCAUCAUCGGUAUCUUGAUGCUUAACGCCAUUGUCGGUUGGUACCAGGAGAAGCAGGCUGCCGACGUCGUCGCCAGCUUGAAGGGUGAUAUUGCUAUGAAGGCUAUUGUUAUCCGUGACGGUCAAGAGCAGGAGAUCAAGGCCCGUGAGAUCGUUCCCGGUGACAUUCUCGUCGUCGAGGAAGGUACUACUGUUCCCGCUGACUGCCGUCUCAUUUGCGACUACGAAAAGCCCGAGGAGUUUGCUAUCUACAAGGAGCUCCUUGCCGAAGACAAGUUCGCCGAUGGUGGUGACCCAGAUGACGAGAAGGACGACGAAGAGGAGAACCCCAUUCACAGCGGUCCCUCGAUCAUCGCCACUGACCAGUCCGCCAUCACUGGAGAGUCUCUUGCCGUCGACAAGUACAUGGGCGAGAUUUGCUACUACACUACCGGUUGCAAGCGUGGCAAGGCUUAUGCUGUUGCCCUCACCUCUGCCAAGCACUCUUUCGUCGGUCGUACUGCCUCGCUCGUUCAGGGUGCCAAGGACUCUGGUCACUUCAAGGCCAUCAUGGACUCCAUUGGUACUGCUCUGCUGGUUCUCGUCAUUUUCUGGAUCAUGGCUGCCUGGAUUGGUGGUUUCUUCCGUCACCUUAAGAUUGCCACCCCUGAGCAUUCUGAAAACUCCCUGCUCAAGUACGCCUUGAUCUUGCUCAUCAUUGGUGUUCCCGUCGGUCUUCCCGUCGUUACCACCACUACUCUUGCUGUCGGUGCUGCCUACCUUGCCACCCAGCACGCCAUUGUGCAGAAGCUCACUGCCAUUGAGUCCCUCGCUGGUGUUGACGUUCUCUGCUCUGACAAGACCGGUACUCUUACUGCCAACCAGCUCUCCAUCCGUGAGCCCUACGUUACCGAGGGUGAGGACGUCAACUGGAUGAUGGCUGUUGCCGCCCUGGCCUCUUCGCACAACAUCAAGUCGCUUGACCCUAUUGACAAGGUCACUAUCUUGACUCUCAAGCGCUACCCCAAGGCCCGUGAGAUCCUUCAGCAACCCUGGAAGACUGAGAAGUUCACUCCUUUCGACCCCGUCUCUAAGCGUAUUACUGCCAUCUGCACUCUCAACGGCGAUACCUACACUUGCGCCAAGGGUGCUCCCAAGGCUGUCCUCAACCUGACUGACUGCUCUGCUGAGACUGAGGCUCUCUUCCGUGACAAGGCCACUGAGUUUGCCCGCCGUGGUUUCCGUUCGCUUGGUGUCGCUUACCAGAAGAACAACGAGGGAUGGAUCCUUCUUGGUAUGCUUUCCAUGUUCGACCCUCCUCGUGAGGAUACCGCCCAGACCAUUCUCGAGGCUCAGGCUCUUGGUGUCCCCGUCAAGAUGCUUACUGGUGACGCUAUCGCCAUCGCCAAGGAGACUUGCAAGAUGCUUGCCAUGGGUACCAAGGUCUACAACUCUACUAAGCUCAUCGCUGGCGGUCUUACCGGUACCACUCAGCACGACCUUGUUGAGCGUGCCGAUGGUUUCGCUGAGGUUUUCCCCGAGCACAAGUACCAGGUCGUCGAGAUGCUUCAGCAGCGUGGUCACUUGACUGCCAUGACUGGUGACGGUGUUAACGACGCUCCCUCGCUCAAGAAGGCUGACUGCGGUAUUGCUGUCGAGGGUGCCACCGAGGCUGCCCAGGCUGCUGCUGACAUUGUCUUCCUCGCUCCCGGUCUCAGCACCAUCGUCUUCGCCAUCAAGACUGCCCGUCAGAUCUUCCAGCGUAUGAAGGCUUACAUUCAGUACCGUAUUGCCCUUUGCUUGCACUUGGAGAUUUACCUUGUCACCUCGAUGAUUAUUAUCCGCGAGACCAUCCGUACCGACCUAAUUGUCUUCAUUGCCUUGUUCGCUGACUUGGCCACCGUCGCCGUCGCUUACGACAAUGCCCACUCUGACCCGCGUCCCGUCGAGUGGCAGUUGCCCAAGAUUUGGAUCAUCUCCACCAUUCUUGGUGCUCUUCUCGCUCUCGGUACCUGGGUUAUCCGUGGUACCCUGUUCCUUCCCAACGGUGGUAUCGUCCAGAACUUUGGUUCCGUCCAGGAAAUCCUUUUCCUCGAGGUUGCCCUGACUGAGAACUGGCUCAUCUUCGUUACCCGUGGCGGCAAGACCCUCCCCUCGUGGCAACUCGUUGGUGCUAUCCUUGGUGUCGAUGCCCUUGCCACCAUCUUCUGUCUCUUCGGUUGGUUGUCCGGCGACCCAAUCCACACCAACCCCCCGACUCCCUUCCACCAGCGCCAGGACGGCUGGGUUGACAUUGUCACUGUUGUCGUUAUCUGGGCCUACUCGAUUGGUGUCACCAUCAUCGUCGCCAUUGUGUACUACUUGCUCAACCGUAUUCCCGCUCUCGACAACCUCGGCCGCAAGAACCGCAGCGUCAAGGACACUGCUCUCGAGAACAUGAUUGGUCGUCUCUCUAAGCUUGCUGUCGAGCAUGAGGUCGGCGAGCACGGCCGGGGCCGGUACACUCUGGUCACCAAGUCCGAGGAGGAGGCGGAAGAGGAGUAA